CCGCAACACUUGGUCUUGGAGUUACGUUUUACAGUUCAACAAACUUGGUUUUACAGAGAUGAAGCUUUGGAGUUACGUUUUCGUAGUUCUUCUGCCGCUUGUGCUUCGAGCAGAAGCAGAUGAUGGGUUUGUGACGACCAAAGGGCAUCAGCUUAUUCUGAAUGGAAGCCCAUUUUACGCCAAUGGGUUCAAUGCCUACUGGUUAAUGUCCUUCGCCUCGGACCCAUCACUGAGACCCAAAGUGUCCUUAGCUUAUCAACAAGCCGUCAAUCAUAGCCUCGCCAUUGGAAGAACGAUGGCCUUCAAUGAUGGCGGAAGUAACCCUCUGCAGAUCUCUCCUGGGCAAUACAAUGAGAAGAUGUUUCAGGGGUUGGAUUUUGUGGUAGCGGAGGCAAGAAAAUAUGGGAUUAAAUUGAUCUUGAGUUUGGUGAACAACUUUGCAAAUUUGGGAGGGAGAAAACAGUAUGUGGAGUGGGCAAGAAAUCAGGGACAGUCCAUUUCAUCCGAGGAUGAUUUCUACACUAAUUCUGUGGUGAAAGGAUUCUACAAGAACCAUGUUAAGACCGUUUUGACAAGAAUCAACUCCAUAACUGGAGUAACUUAUAAGGAUGAUUCAACCAUAAUGGCUUGGGAACUCAUGAACGAACCCAGGUGCCUUUCAGAUCGUUCGGGAAACACCGUUCAGGCAUGGAUUAAAGAAAUGGCCGCAUACUUGAAAUCAAUUGAUGGGAAACACCUAUUAGAAGUUGGUUUGGAAGGAUUCUAUGGCCAAGCAAGGCAUCAAGGGAAUCCUAACUUCCAAGUGGGAACCGAUUUCAUUGCAAACAAUCAGAUACCCGAAAUCGACUUUUCCACAGUCCACUCGUAUCCUGACGAAUGGUUAUCUGGUUCAAGUUUUGAGGAUCAGCUCUCAUUCCUGAACACUUGGCUCAAUGAACACACCCAAGAUGCACAGAACGUUCUCCACAAGCCAGUUCUCUUUGCAGAGUUUGGAAUGUCUAAAAAGGACGGUGGCGCUGAUAAAAGGGAUCGACUUUACCAUGCUGUUUACUCAGCUGUGUAUUCAUCCGCUAAGGGCGGCGGAGCAGCUACGGGUGCACUGUUCUGGCAACUUCUACUUGAAGGGAUGGGUUCUUAUGGGGAUGGGUAUGAAGUGGUAUUUAGUGAGGACCCCUCCACUGCUAAUUUGAUAUCUCAGGAGUCUGCAAAGAUGAUCAAAAUAAGGAAGAAGCAUGCCAACCUCAGAAACAUAAGACACAGGGGGAGGCCUUAAAGGGAGGCAGCCAUAGUCCUGGAAAUUGAACAAAAAUGGGGCUAGGAAUAAACAACUCCCUCACAGAGAAAGGAUUGCUCAUCCAAAAACUAAUGCUAAAUCGCUUUGAAUAUUGUAGUCUCUAAUAAUAUAUGGAUUGAAAUAAAAAGUUGUUCUCUUA